GAAACAUGCGCUUGUCGCGUGUAACAUCGUACCGGCGCGGAAGUGGUUAACGCGCAAUUACUCGUUGAAAAGACUCGGUCAGGAUCGCUGACGGUGGAGAGUUCGUAUUGUAGGAAUUGGAAGAUACAUUUGCAGGUAGACAAAAAUGGCUGAUAGGGGAAGAGGAGGUCGUGGACGUACCUCGCAAAAAGCGAAACACCCACAUGUACCACCAGCUCAACAUCUUCCACAUGCUCAAGCAGCUGCAGGUAGCGAGGCGAUUCGUAGACCUGGCGAACCUGCUAGCUUGCCACCUUUGGGAACUGGCCGUGGUACACAACGUGUCGGAAGGGGCGAUAGUGCGGCGAUCGCUCAUCUGGGUAGAGGCUUCGAGAGGUUGGGGAUACAGUCUGGGGGCGGAGGAGACGCCGGUGGUGAUACGGUUGCCGUGGCGUCUGGCAGAGGAUCAUGCCGUGGAAAAAGGAUUUUACCUUCAGAUAUCUUCAUCACUAAGCCGGCACAUAUAACGAACAAAAAGGGUGAAACUGGUAGCAAAAUAAUACUGAAGGCGAAUUACUUCAAACUGGUUAAAACGACGGAUUGGUCCAUUCAGCAGUAUCAUGUCGAUUUCGCGCCCGAGGAGGACCGCACGAGCGUGCGUAAGGGUUUAUUGAAGCUACACAAGAACAAACUCGGUCCGUACAUUUUCGAUGGUACAUUAAUGUAUACAUGUACCAGAUUGUCCGAGAAAAUGGUACUUACCUCGAUGCGAAAAUCUGAUGAAAAGCACAUAACGAUCACCGUUCGUCGCGUUGGCGAGAUACAAGAGGGUGACGUGACCUUUAUUCAAUUCUUCAACAUCAUAAUGAGAAAGUGUUUCGAUUAUCUCAAGUUGGAGCAGGUCGGCCGUGACUAUUAUGAUCCUAGGAGCAAAGUUGUUUUGCCCGAGCAUAAGUUGGAGUUGUGGCCAGGGUACAUGACGUCUAUUCGUCAACACGAGCGCGACAUUUUAAUGUGCGCCGCGAUUACGUACAAAGUUAUGCGGCUGGACACGUUGCUGGACAUACUGUAUAUGCACGUACAGGAAGACCGACAGAGACACAGAGAGAAUUUCACCAACGCCGUAAUAGGUACGGUAGUUCUUACUAAUUACAACAAUAAUACUUACCGCAUCGAAGAUGUGGAUUUCCGGACGACGCCUCAGCAUACGUUCAGGUUGAAAACUGGCGAAGAAAUAACGUACAUGCAGUAUUACAAAACGAAAUACGAAAUCAACAUUAAGGAUCCUAAACAGCCGAUGCUCGUAACGAAAUCGAAAUCGAAGGAUCGACAAGCCGCAUCGACGGAAACGGUUUACUUGGUGCCCGAGCUCUGUCGCGCAACAGGUCUGACCGACUCGAUGAGGGACAAUUUCAAACUUAUGUCGGCAUUGUCCGCGCAUACCCGUCUGCAGCCUAAUAAACGUGUCGAGAAAUUGAUGAAUUUCCACAGGAGACUCAGCAGUGAACCCAAUAUAACGAAGGAACUUGCCGAGUGGAACUUGAAGCUAGAUAAUAACUUGUUCGAUGUGCCAGGACGCGUCCUACCUCCCGAGAGUCUGAUGUUUGGCGGAAAUGUAGUGAUCAAGUCAUCGGCUACCGCUACUUGGUCGAGAGAAAUGCAAAACAAAAGAUGUUUCGUUGCGCAAAACUUGCGCGAUUGGAUCAUCAUAGCCACGGACAGGGAUAAAAGCAGUGUUCAGCCGUUUAUAGACACUCUACGAAGAGUAUCAAAUGGAAUAGGAUUCCCCGUGGACCAACCAAACAUACAAACUAUUCGCGACGAUAGACCGGGCACAUACAGCGAGACACUGGAGCGUAUUCUGAGCAAGAAGAUACCGCAGUUGGUAUUCUGUGUGGUAUCGAACAAUCGCAGUGAUCGUUACUCGGCGAUCAAGAAAAAAUGCUGCAUAGAUCGUCCCGUACCGUCGCAAGUCUGCAUGUUUAGGACCCUCACGCACAAGAGUAUCAUGUCUAUCGCUACAAAGAUAGCGAUACAAAUGAAUUGUAAAUUGGGCGGGGCUCCAUGGCACGUGGAAAAUCCGUUGGAUGGAUUGAUGGUCGUUGGAUUCGACGUUUGCCACGACACAACGGCAAAGGGCAAAGACUUCGGUGCCACAGUAGCGUCUCUCGACAGGAAUAUGACGAAAUACUUUAGUGCUGUGGAUUUGCAUAAGAACGGUGAGGAGCUGUCGGCCUACAUCGCCUCCAACAUCUGCAAAGCCGCGAAGCAGUAUCAAGCCUUGAACAAUUCCCUUCCGUCGCGCAUCGUCAUCUAUCGCGAUGGUGUCGGAGAGGGUCAAGUGCCGCAGGUGAAGGAACACGAGCUCGUCAAGAUACAGGGGGAACUCGACGCGCUUUACGGCGGUCGGGAUCGGUACAAGAUGGCGUUUGUAAUCGUGACGAAACGAUUAAACACACGGCUUUUCCACAACAACGGGAAUCCGCCGGCAGGCGCGGUGGUCGACGAUUUCAUCACAAGUCCGAUCAAAUACGAUUUCUUCCUCGUAUCGCAACAGGUACGAGAAGGCACGAUAACGCCCACCUCGUACAGUAUUAUCCAUGACACUCUUACUUUGACUCCCGACAGGAUGCAACGUUUAACGUAUAAAUUGACCUACAUGUAUUUCAAUUGCACAAAUACCGUUAGGGUACCAGCACCCUGUCACUAUGCGCACAAGUUGGCGUUUCUAGUGAGCAGAUACCUUCAUGACUCACCGAAUUCGCAGUUGCAGAACAAGUUGUACUUUUUAUAAUUUCUCUUACUAUUGUUCUACUUAUUGUUUUUUUUUUCUGUUUUUUUUAUCUCACUUCAUUUUUCCAAUUUCUUUUUCUUUCUUUCACUUCCUUUUUAUCAUCUUUAUUAUAUUUUUAUUUUGUGUCUAUCAAUCUCGAACGAGCUACGUUGGACAAAUAACUCAAAAAUGGAGUUUUCCUUUUUUUAGUUUUAGCAGUAAUUGAGAUACGAAGAUUGGGAAUGAUAAACUUGCUAUACUUGACAAUCGAUGUUUUAGGCGGCUUAUUUUAUACAGAUUGUCCGAUAAUGGUGGUAUUAUCAUUAUCUCCGUGAUAUCUCUGUGCGAUAAUGGAUCAGAUCGAGUUGAUAAGAGACCAACCGCGCUCUCGGACACUCUGUACAUGGUUUCACCAGAAUCAAUGCGAUUCUCUCCAUUAUUUUCUCAAGAGUAUUAUUUUUACAUUACUUCCCGUGCAUCCUACAAAACGCAACUUUUGUUUGCUGGAGCACGAUUGAAAUAGCACUUGAAAAUGAAGAUCCUAUUAUAAUAUUAUCCUAUUAUAAUAAAGAUUUAGUUACCCACACGUGUGGUAUAAGUAUAGGCUACAUUGAUAUUAUUGAUCUCUGCCGCGCAGACUGAUUUCACCUCGAAAAUGUCCUGUAUUCUGAAACUAUAGUACCAUGUGCAAUAUUAUGUAAUCUCCAAAGCGUUACACAUAGUUUUCAGAAGUAAUUCAAGUAAUCCAAGUUUAUUUUUUUAUACGCCUCUACAAACGAACAACAAAAUGAUCGGUUCGAUAAUUUCUCAAUAACUUGAUUUUAUUUUUUUAAUGAUUUAUUCUUUCUUUAAUCUUAAGAAUGCGACAAUUAUGUAGCGUUUAUCAAAAAUGGAAUCGAUCUCUUUACCAGUUACCAAUUAGUUUAUAAGAAUGUAAGAGAUCUGACAUAUAUCUCAAAAUAAAUCAUACAUUUUGACAUA